AUGUUUUCCACUUUUAAACUGCCAUUGGUACCUCAAUUAGUUCGUACCUUCAAACUGUCUGUACCUCGCUCAAUUGCGGCUGGAGAAAAAUUGCCUUCGGUCUCCUUGUUCAAGGGAUCUCCAGGAAACGAUGUUAACAUUGCGAAAGAAAUAGGUAACAGCAAAGCCGUGAUUAUUGGCGUUCCUGGAGCCUUUUCACCUGCAUGCUCAGCUUCUCAUGUUCCAGGGUAUAUCAAAGCUCUUAGAGCAUUCAAUGACAAGGGAUACAAAAAGUUCUUUGUAAUUGCUGUGAAUGAUCCCUUCGUCACUAAAGCAUGGGCUGAUGACUUACUACAGAAAUCUGUUUCUGAUGAUCAGAUUCAGUUCCUUGCUGAUCCAAGGGGAGAGUUCACUAGUGAUUUAGAUUUACUUUUUGAUGCUUCGAAGAUUUUUGGUAACAAAAGAUCCAAGAGAUACGCUUUACUUGUUGACAACGGCAAAGUAACGAAAACGUUCAUUGAGCCUGACAACACUUCUGUUGACGUUUCAGAUGCUUCUAAGGUUUUGAAGGAUGCCUAG